AUGUCUUCCGGAGGCAAAGGAAAAGGUAAUUUGAUAUCGUGAAGGGUUUUUAAGUUUUUGUGUGUGGUAUCUCUUUUUUUUCUGGUGAUAUUUAAGUUCGACAUCCAUGUUAUAACUUUUUUUUUUCCAAAUUUUUUUUCACAACCAGCUUUCCAGCAGCGAUGAAGCGCGACAAGAAGGACGAGGAAGCCAGUGGCAACAUCUACGCCAAUUUGGACAAGACUUCGGUGCUUCAGGAGGUAAGAAAAACUUAUUGAUGUAAUUUUACAAAAUAUUAGGCUCGAGCUUUCAACGAAACUCCUAUCAAUGCCAGAAAGUGCAGCCUGAUUUUGACGAAGCUGCUCUACAUCAUUUCUCAAGGUAUUUGAAGUUAUACCUCAUAAUUUAAUUAUCUUUGCUUAAAGGCGAGCAAAUCGGCAGAACCGAGGCGACGGAGGCUUUUUUCGCUGUGACGAAGCUGUGGCAGAGCAAAGAUGCCAAUCUUCGAAGAUUGGUUUAUAUUGUCGUCAAGGACCUGUCCACCAUUUCUGACGAUGUGAUCAUUGUUACGAGCAGUUUGACCAAGGUUUCAAAUUUUUAAACAAUACUUUCAACUUCGUUCGAUUAAGGACAUGACGGGCCGUGAAGACAUCUACAGGCCGGCGGCCAUUCGAGCUCUCUGCAGAAUUACGGAUACCGGAAUGUUGCAGACCAUUGAACGAUACAUGAAACAGGUGAGGAAGAUAACCACAAAUAUUUUUUUCCAAUUAAAAUUUUUCUAGCCUUUAUCUUGAACGUAAAUUUGAGCAAAAAACACAAAAUUGUUUUAACGGCCUCAAUUUAGUUACCUUAUUGUCGUCAAAAUGAUGCCCCUUUGAUAAAGUCCUUUUAAUCAGAAAAUUGGAACAUGUAGCGGAAAAAUUAAAAUAAAUUAAAGAUGAAAAUUUGUAGAAAAGAGGAUCUAUUUUACAAAUUUUUUAAGUCGUUGAGCAAUAAUUUUUCAAAUGAGUUCUCUUUUUUCAUUUCUUGGUUUUCCUUGGGGAGUUUGAGUAAUAUUAGUACGAAAAAAAUUUAUUUUAGGCGAUUGUGGACAGAAAUGGAGCUGUCGCCUCGGCGGCGUUGGUGUCCUCGACGCAUCUGAUGAAGAAAAGCGCGGAAGUGGUCCGUCGCUGGGCCAACGAAGUCCAGGAGUCAGUUUCUUCGGACAACCACAUGGUCCAGUACCACGCCCUCGGUCUUCUCUAUCACAUCCGUGUCAAUGACCGCCUCGCAGUAAACAAACUCGUCCAGAAGUUCAGCAAGAACUCGCUCAAGUACUGAAACUUGGGCUAUAUCAAAGAAAGAUGACGGCUUCAGGUCGCCCUACGCCAUCUGCUACUUGAUCCGAAUCGCAGCUCGUUUGUUGGAAGAAGAUGAUCAGUGAGUUUCAUUAAGUGUAUAGAGAAAAAAAAAAGUUGAGCUGAAAAAACGUCCUUUUUUGAAAAGGUCUUGACAAAUAUCUUCACUCAAAAAACUAGCUUUUCUUUUUAAUAAGCAAAGAAGUUGAAAUACAAACUAUUUUACCAAUGGAGCUUUUUAUUUCCCACAAAAUUCGUCGUUCAACCUAAUAAAAUCCAAUUUUCUGCAGAGCCGACUCGGCCAUCUUCACCUUCAUCGAGUCCUGCUUGCGGCACAAGAGCGAAAUGGUCGUUUAUGAGGCCGCCAGUGCAAUCGUCUCGCUUCCCAACAUCACUGCGUAAGUUUUAGGAGAUCCAUAAAUUCAACAAAUGUCAGCGUUUUCCAAAAAAAAAAAGUCUUUACUUUCAAAUUUUUGUGAAGCGCUUCGUGGUCUAUGUACUAGUGUAUUCAUGUGGUCUGAUGGCCUUUUGAGAUUUCUAUAAGCCUGGAAAUAAUCAAAAGUUUUUUAGUAUAAAUUUGGGAUAAAUGGGCAAAUUGACAUUUUUUUUUAGAGCAGUGGUGAUGUUUGAAGAAAAAGAAGCUUUAGCAUGAGUCCUCUGGUUUUAAAUUAUCCCACAACAAAGAAAGCGAAUAUCAUUUACUUGAUUAUCCAAUGUUAAUAAAAAGUUGAGAAAGUGAUUGAACUUUAUUAAAACGAAAAAGAAGCUUUUGGAUGAUGCCUAAUCUGCAAAAGGCUCUAAGUUUUCAAGAAACUCUUGUGCUUCUUUAAAUACUUUAGAAAACUGCUUCAAAAGUUGAUUAACUCGGAAAAAAUAUAGACAUAUUAAUGGAAUCAGAGCAGUUAGACAUUUGGUUCAAUUUCGCUUCCAAUUCCGCGUUUCAGAUCUGAAUUAUCUCCUGCAAUCACCGUUCUUCAACUGUUCUGUUCUUCGCCAAAAGCCGCUCUUCGUUUUGCUGCCGUCAGAACCUUGAACAAGGUUUUUUCAAAGAAAGUCUUCUAAAUAUUUAUUUUUCUUAGGUUUCCAUUAAGCACCCGAACUCGGUCAUGAGCUGCAAUGUCGAUUUGGAGAAGCUCAUCUCGGAUUCCAACCGGUAAUCCCGUUGCUCAAAAAAUAUAAGAAGAAAAAAGAAUAUUUUCAGUUCAAUCGCGACUUUGGCCAUCACCACCCUUUUGAAGACUGGCCGGGAAUGCACUGUCGAAAAAUUGAUGACUCAAAUCAGCGGCUUCGUCAAUGAGAUCAGCGACGAGUUCAAGGCAAAUUAAUUCUAGUUUGGUUCAAAAAUUAUUUUUUUCGUCUUCAGAUCGUUGUGGUCGACGCGAUCCGCUCACUCUGCGGUCGUUAUCCCAAGAAACACACGGUGAUGCUCCCGUUCCUGGCCAAGAUGCUGCGGAACGACGGCAGCUACGACUACAAGAAGGCGAUCGUCGACACCGUCAUCGCCAUCAUCGAGGAGAACCCCGAGGCCAAGGGAACCGGUCCGUUUUUUGCUCUUCUUCGGAAAAUAGAGACAUAUUUUUUUAAAUUUGAAACCAUUCCAGUUAAAAUUUCAUAGUUUCAUUCAAAAAGCAAAAAAAUUAAGUUUUUCCAGCUUUGAAAUUGCGCUUUUAACACAUCAUUAUUAUCGAUAACAGAAAACGUUUACAGUUAUAAAAAAAAUGUUCUUUUUUUCCAUUUGCCCUUCGUUUACCUAGGUUUUAUAUACUUUAUAACGUAUCGUCUUUCUUGUAAUAUUUAUUUUUAUUGUUUUUUUGACAUUGAGAAUCAUGACCUUAAAGUUCGUGGCCGCCUAUUGCCUUUUGUGUGAAAGAAAACAUUGAUUUUAGAUUCAGUUUUAUUUUUUUCACAGGACUCGCCUAUCUUUGCGAGUUCAUCGAAGACUGCGAGCAUGAGACUCUUUCGACUCGAGUCCUGCAUCUUCUGGGAAGGGAAGCGCCCAGAACCAACAACCCCAGCAGCUACAUCCGAUACAUCUACAAUCGUGUCAUCUUGGAGAAGUCGAAGGUAAAUUUUGAUGAAGCUGCUAAAACUAAAGAGCAAAAAAUUAACCAGAAGUCAGAACGUGGUCAUACUUCAAUACAUUAUUUCCAAUCAUCUCUUUUUUUAUCGGUAGUUUCGAGCCUGUUAGGAGCUGUUAGAACAUUUUUGAAAUAAAUAUUUUUCUCUUUUUUGAAAAUGUUUCCAAUGGAACUUCUCUAUUAAUUUUCAAUUCGAGUGGAAAGAUAUAGAAAAAAAUAAGCGUCAUGUUGUUUUUUUACAAACUACAAUAUUUCCGAUUGGUAGAUUCUGAGAAACAAAAAAACGAGCGGUUUUGAAAAAAAUCUGCCUAUUUAGCCGAUUUCCGAUUGUUUUUUUGCGAUUUCGAAGCGUUUGACGACGAAUUUUUUUCCAAAUUUUUGGCAAAAGUUAGAGAUUUUUCAUUUCAAUAUACCUCUUUGAUUCUUCAAAUUUUUUAAUCACAUGUUUUUACAGGUCCGAGCCGCGGCUGUCACUGCUUUGGCCAAGUUUGGCGCCCAAUGUGUCGAUCUUCGCGAGUCGAUCAAGGUUCUUCUAAAACGUUGUCUUCUCGAUUCUGAUGACGAGGUAUUCUAAAUCCGAAAUUUAAAAAAAAUUCAAAAUUUUCAAGGUUCGCGACCGUGCGACUUUCUACCUGAACAUGCUGACUACCGCUCCUCCAACUGUCAUCAGCAACUUUUUGCUCGAUGGCCUUCAGGUUAUCAUUUUUUUUCGGCUUUUGUACAAUUGGCUGAAUUCAGGUGUCCCCAUCUGGUCUUGAACGCGCCGUUUUGGAAUAUUUGCGAGGAAAUUCGUUCGCGUCGCCCUUCGACCUGAAGGUCGUUCCAGUCACUUCGCAGCCGUUGUCCCAGCCACAGAAAAGAGUUCCGACGAUCGAUGAAGCCUUGGAGGCACCGAAACCGGCCAAGAAGGAGCCCUAUGCCGGUUUGUUUUUUUUUUUUCUUAUGAAAGUUUUUUAGAGUUGAAAAAAAUUGAAUAAUAAAUAAACCUCUGGGCUAAAGUUAGAAGGGAUUGAAGAACUUGCAUUAAAUAAAAAUUUUCUGAAAUUUUUUUCCCACAGUUCUUCAUUUUACGUAUGCUUGAACUGUCUAGGUUGUCUGCGCUCUCUUCCGAAAAAAACUUUUUGGAAAAAAAUGGAAUUAGCAAUUUUGAACUGAAGCGCAGAAUAGCGAGGUUCAUCCAAGUCUGAAAAAAAUUUUUAAAGUUUUUUUUUUUAUCAAAAAGGUAAUGUUGAUGAUGCUUUUGAAAACAGUUUUAGAUUCACUUUUCUCCUAAUCCGUUUUGUUUUCUCGUGAAAAAACCCCUUUUAAAAAUUAUCACCUUCUUUUGAUAGACGAAGGAAAAAAAACUGUACAGCGAUUGAAUUCUGAAAUUUUCAUUUUAUAAAUUUCCAAGGAUAUUUUUUCCAGAAAAACUCGCCGCCAUUCCCGAUUUUGCCGCUCUCGGCCCGCUUUUCAAGUCCUCGCCUCGUACUGCUCUCACCGAAUCUGUCGCGGAAUACACUGUCCAUUUGAUCAAACACACGUUUGCCAAUUCUGUUGUUCUAGAGGUUCAUCUACUUCUCUUUAACUACCUUUCACAUCAUUUAUUUCCAGUUUGACUGCAAAAACACGCUCAACGACCAGUUGCUCCUGGACGUGAGCAUCGAAGUUGAAGAUCCCGAACAAGAAUGGACUCCUCGCCUCUCAAUCCCCAUUCAAAAGUUACCCUAUGGAGAGGCUCAAUCCUCCUAUAUCGUCCUGGACUUCCCUGAUUCUGGUUUUGAAUUGAAAUUUUUUUUUAAUGUAUAAUUUUAUAUUAUAGGAAGUAUAAGCGGAACCCUGGCCGCCACGUUGAAAUUCAAGGUGAUGGAUGUGGAUCCAACGACCGGAGAGCCCGAUUCAGAGGAUACCUACGACGAUACCUAUGUGGUUAGUUUUUCAAACUUACUCUGAAAAACAAAAUAUUUUUUUGAAAAAUAUAUUUUCAAUGUGACGGAAUUUAUGGAAUUGUCUUAUUUUUUUAAAUUCGGUCUUGGAAAUUUUCUAAUUGUUCAUCACUAUGCUAAUACUUAAGUCAAAAAAAUAGAAUAUAACUCAUUUCAAGGAUCGAGAAGCAUAUAAUAUAAGCUAUCAGAAAAGUUUUGGUUUAACAUCGAAUAACUUUGUAGCUGGAAGAAGUGGACAUUGCCGUUUCGGACUCGGUCCAAGGAUUCUCCAAAACAUCCUUCAACCCCGCCUGGGACGCACUGACGGACGAAACUGAAAGAGAAGAAACAUUCCAACUGUCCUCCGUUUCCAGUAUUCCUGAAGCCGUCAAAAAGGUCUCAAAGAUCAAAAGAUCAACUCAUAAUUAUUUUCUUCAGAUAUCAGAAAUUCUGGGCCUUGCUCCUUGUGAGAGAUCAGAUCGCGUUCCUGAAGGCAAAACUCAGCACACGACCUUCUUGUCUGGCAUUUUCCGUGGUGGUUUUGAGGUCGGUUUGGUCAAUUUUUGACAUUUUUUUGCUUUUUCGGAAAAGGCAAGAAAAAUUCAAUGCAAUUUUUUGAUACGCUGUCUCUGAAUUAAUUUUCGAAAUCUGUUAUUUCGGUUUUAAAAAAAGCUUAGGGAUGCUCAAAGUGCAAAAAAUGCUCAUUUUUUAAUCUCAGGUGCAACUCCCGUUAGAAAAAUUCAUGGCAACGUAAAAUUUUUUUGGAUUAAAAGAAAAAAAUCAGUAGAAAAAUAUGUGUUUUUUUCAACCUGGCUUGGGUCAUGUGAAAAUUAAACUUUGAAAAAAAUUUCUUAAUUUUGUCGAUAUAAAGUCUCUAAUUUCGAUUAUGAAGUUUUUUUAUUUCACUUUUUUUAAUAUCUGGUAAACAUUUGACAAAAAAAGUAAUAAACAAAAGUAAUAAACAAAAUUAGGAAAAGCGUAAUGCAAAAGGUCAGAUUCAGCAAGUUAAAAAAAGAAAAAAUUAAAAGUAGUUUUUAAAUCAAAAUUUGCACAUUUUCCUUUUUUAAAAAAAAUUUUUUUGGCCUUUAUCUAUUCAUAAAUGUAAUAUUGAGUUUUUGAAUGAUUGAAAGUUUUUCAAAAUAAAAAAAGAUAAUUAAAUAUUUGUUUCAUGUUUCUAGCAAUACUUUUUAAAUGCAGCUCUCUUGAAUAGUGAGUAAUCGAAUUUCGUUUAAAACAGAAAAAUAUAAAGAGCGAAUAUUUUUCGAACAUAAAUUUUUUUUUCCCAUAAGACGUCACCUUAUUUCUCUACUGUGAAGAGAACCAAAGUUUUAUAAUUUUUUCACUUAGGUGCUGGCAAAAGCGACAGUGGCAAUAGAUCCUCACGACAACUCGAUCAACAUGAACAUCUUGAUCAGGUUGGUGUCGAAUCAGGGGGUGAAAUGGCUCGGCAUCGAUCCGUGUCACAAGGGAGCCGCUCGGCGAGCCUACAACGCGAGAAUCGCGUCUCCUCAGCCGUUUUUGCAUUGUUCGGCCCCGUCUCAAAACACUUGCGCUGGUCAAAUGUUUGCCUUGCGUCAUAGUGUUCGCUAUUUCUCACCAUCCAGCAGCUUCCCUUUUAGGCCUGACUUUUUUGAACUGUAUAAAGUAGCUUUUUAACAUCGUAAUAUGAUAGGAGGCUUUUUUAGAUGCUUUAUUGAUUGAUCUUUUUUUGAUAGCUUUUUCAAUUUUUUGAUUGAAGCUUUCGAAUAUUUUUUGCAUCAACCUUUUAUAAUUGGUAAAUUGUUUCCAAUUCCGUGUUCAGAGUAAUUUCUGCGCAAUUCAAAAUCAUCUCGGGCUCUCAAAAUUUAGUUAUCUUUUCCAUUCUCUGACGGUUAUUUUGAAUUUCGCGGAAUCUCUUUGAACACAGAAUGAAAAUCUGCAAGCAAAAAAAUAAAUUGGGUGGGUUAGGUUCGAAAAUUUUAUCAGGAUUUUUUCAAAAAUUGUUGAGUUUCAUCAGGAUUUUUUCAAAAAAAGUUCGAAUCUCAUUUUAACGCUUUCGUGCGACUUUUUUUUUGAAAUCUGACAGCUUGAAGCUCUUAAAAUCCUGUCUGCAUGACGCUAUUUGCAUACCUUUUAAUAAGAUUUCUCGCAAUAAGGAUAUUUCUCAGAGAUGAAGCAUCAAUAAAUACUUCCCUAUAAACAUAUUUUUUCAAAUCUGCAAGAACUUUUAUUAACAAACGAAAUCCACAAUGAAAAUAUUCAGAUCGGCGGAGCAGGUCGUCGUCGACCUCGUGGUCAGCGCGAUCGUCUGA